AGUACCACUACCACUACCAGUACCACUACCAGUACAAGUGCCACUAUCACUACAAGUACCACUACCAGUACAAGUACCAUUAUCACUACAAGUACCACUAUCACUACAAGUACCACUUCGAGUACAAGUACCACUAUCACUACAAGUACCACUACCACUACAAGUGCCACUAUCACUACAAGUACCACUAUCACUACAAGUACCACUACCACUACCAGUACCACUACCAGUACAAGUACCAUUAUCACUACAAGUACCACUAUCACUACAAGUACCACUAUCACUACAAGUGCCACUAUCACUACAAGUACCACAAGCAGUACAAGUACCACUAUCACUACAAGUACCACUACCAGUACAAGUACCACUAUCACUACAAGUACCACUUCGAGUACAAGUACCACUACCACUACCACUACCAGUAAAAGUGCCACUACCAGUGCCACUACCAGUACAAGUGCCACUACCAGUACCACCACCAGUACAAGUGCCACUUCCAGUACCACUACUAGUACAAGUGCCACUACCAGUACCACUACCAGUACAAGUGCCACUACCAGUACCACUACCAGUAAAAGUACCACUACCAGUACCAGUACCACUACCAGUACCACUACCACUACCAGUACAAGUACCAGUAACACUACCAGUACCACUACCAGUACCAGUACCACUACCACUACCACUACAAGUACAAGUACCACUACCAGUACCACUACCAGUACCAGUACCACUACCAGUAGCACAACCACUACCAGUACCACUACCAGUACAAGUGCCACUUCCAGUACCACUACCAGUACCAGUACCACUACCAGUACCACAACCACUACCAGUACCACUACCAGUACAAGUACCACUACCACUACAAGUACAAGUACCACUACCAGUACCACUACCAGUACCACAACCACUACCAGUACCACUACCAGUACAAGUGCCACUACCACUACAAGUACAAGUACCACUACCAGUACCACUACCACUACCAGUACAAGUACCACUACCAGCACCACUACCACUACCAGUACCACUACCAGUACCAGUACCACUACCAGUACCACUACCACUACAAGUACAAGUACCACUACCAGUACCACUACCAGUACCAGUACCACUACCACUACAAGUACAAGUACCACUACCAGUACCACUACCACUACC